UGAGUGGCUUCCACCUUUUCUUGCAAAGCUGGUCGAGUCCGGUCAGACGGCAUGCCACUUGAACCACAAGAUACUACACUGUAGUUAGGAAGCGUUGUGAAGAGAGGUCGCUGAUACAGGAUAUCAGGUGGAGCAGUGUUGUGUGGACUGACAAGAGCAGCUAGCAGACACAAGAACUGUCUGUAGGCCAGGCCAGAGCUGCCUAGAAUCACCCAACCAUAUCCUCCUGCUGUUGAACACCUCUCAGCUAGCUAGUUAGCUCAAGUGACGGACAUAAUCGCUGAGAUGGCUAUGACCGUUGCUGUGGUUGCCUUGGUGAUAGCGGUGCUAGUGGGUGUGGGACUGUUGGCAUUUGUCCUGUUGUUCUUGUGUUUGUGGUACAAGACAAGGAGGGAGAUUGAAAUACUAAAGAGAAGAGUGUCCCACUAUGAGAAGAGAGAGAUCAACACUGAACUGACAGAAUACAAGAGAGAGACUGCACUAGACUCCCCCAGUCAUCUAGAGCAGUCCCCUCCCACUCCCAUCAAGCCUCGCUCAAAGGCCACUGCUCCUAACUAUUCAGCAGUCAAUGAUCUUGCCUUCCUGCCGGAUGAGGUACGGACACCAGAGAACCUGGAGCCUGGUCAGUUGACAGCAGACAAUGCACAGGAGCUGUUGGACGAGUAUCAUAAGAAACGAGAUGAGUACGAAGAAGCACAACUGGCCAUGAGCCAACCAGAACAUACCCAAGAGCAUGCUUCUCCAAAUGCUCCCACAAUAGUUACGAUACAUCCAGAGUCUAGAGAGCAGGUAUUUUUUAAACCUUCACCUGGCUAUGAAGACAUAGAGAUUGAGACCACUAAGCCAUUGUUGAAAACUACCACCACGGAAACACAUCAUCAAUCCGCCCCCUCUCGCUCUACCAAUGGCUACCAGGAUACAGCCCCUCCUCCCACUGUCGGCUCCACUCCUCGGAUUGGGGAUUACAACAAUCCGAUAGACUAUCUCCCAGCUGACCACUUCUUAUUGGACAAAACAGUGAAACCCAGUGCACCUUCAACAAAGAUCAUCAGCACUUCGAUUGAUACCUACUCGGAAGUGUUUGAUAGCCGUGGAAAUGAUGGGGGAGGCAACAUGGUCAUCUUACCAAAAGUCAGAGCAAUGUCCGACUCGAAGCCUGUUCGAGAGGGUUCUCUCAAGAAAUCCAGCGGCAGUCCCUCACGUCCUGGGCAUGCCUACGAGAACGGUCCCCUGGAGGUUGGGUCCAGUGGAAGGCCCGCUAAGAGUAUGGACAACAUCACUGGAUUUGGAGAACGUCUCGACCCUAUUAGGCAAUCAAAGCGUGACGAUGUCAAGGAAGUUGUCGAACUGGAUUUCACCAAAAAGAGGUUUCGAGUGACGAGUACGAAACGGCGUAAAGAUAUGACGGACGGCGAGAUCAGUCCCAGUGGAGACAAGAAGGAGUCUUAUGCAGUGGUCAACCUGGCUGAUAAGAGAUGCUAUCGUGCUGAAUCUGAUAAUAUCAAGCAAGAAGGGUCUGGUUUUCCCAGUCACUAUGGCCCUGAGGCUAUGCCCCGACAUAUAUUACCUGCUAAUACUGCGGUGGUGACUGUGCCUACUUGAGUGUAGAUAACUUUGUAUAGGGUAUGUUGUAGUACCAUGUGGUGUACCAUGUUUGUUACCCAGUUUAUCACAAUUGUGUGGUUAUGUUUAGUCAGUGUGUGUGUGUGUGUGUGUGUGUGUGUUGCAUUUAACAGUUUAGACUGCUUUAAAAAUUGAGUUUGUGUUUCAUCAUUAUUUUGUUAUUUUGUGUUGCGUUUUCCUCAUCCGCUUUAUUCAUGGAAGCAUUUAGGUAGUACUUUAAAACUGUUUUAUUAAUCUCUCAGCUGUAUUUUCAUGGCUUUUAUAUCAAACAUAAUUUACUGUACUUCAGUGUAUUUUUACACCAACUUGUACAACAUCAAUUUCGAUUGUAUUGUUUUGGUAAGGAUCGUUAA